AUGGCGACGUCCGCGCCGACGUUCUCAGCGGCAGGAACACCAUCGUUCUGUGCGCCAGCGAAGCUGAAAAUCCUGCUGGUACCAGCAGCGCCACUUGAGCAGGCUGAAUUUGAGCGUUGGAGUAGCUAUGUGCGUGUCUGGGAGCAUGUGAAGUUGACAGAUGUGCCACGCACGUCGCGUCCAGUGCCGAGCAAGCCAUUGUAUGAACAGGGUGAGGUACACUUGUCGUUUGUGACGUCCAAUGAUCCAGCACAUGUCUACUUGGCACCAUUUCAGCUGCAUCACAAUGUACAAGGAGUGCUAGGACUUACAACGUAUCCAGCGAAGUCGGCGAGUGACUUGGAGCGAGUGCCUGGACUGCUGCGCUCGCAAUACCCACAUGCACUCCUUCACCGCGUGUUGGCUUUUGAUGUGCAUGCGCGAGGCCAGACAUCCAAGCCCGAGCGCGAUGGAGAUAUGGCGGACGUAUCGGCGGCACGUAGCGGGCACAGUGAGGCAGAGACGGAGGAUGAUGACGUGGGUGACAUGGGCGCCGGGGCCGAUUCUGGCGCUGGCGUCGGUGCUGCUGCGACUGCGGCAGGCGAGGCAGAGUUUGUACCAACAGCAGGGUCCCGUGGGCAACGAGAGAGCGGGCUUGUUGUGUUCCCAGCCGUGCGGCGUGAUGCCAAAGAUGUGCGGUUUUAUGUUCGCACAUACAUCGCUGAAUUCGUCGGCACACUGCUCGAUCACCUCGAUACACUAGUGGCGCAGCUGGAUGAAAGCUCACUUGAGACACCACGAGAAACACUCACGGGCGCGCCCAUGUUCAAACUGGUAACAGAGCGCCGCUUAGCUCCGCCACUCGAGCGCCGCAUGUCGGCAGCGAGUGCUGCAUCCAAAAUGUUCGGACUGAAACGGAGCAAAUCACCAGCGCAGCCGCCCCCUGCGUCGCUUCGACUGGUCAAAGUCAAAGCCGAUGUCGCUAUGCUCAAUGGGUACCUAUGGGAUGCGCUCGAGCUGUACGACAGCAUCUUGACGCUGCCAGGAAAAGAGCGCGCACUCGCCGGCGGACAUGAUGCGGUGUGGUUUGCUGGUGCGUUGGAAGGCUGGGCCGUCACGCGUUUACUGGUUGCGCGCUUGGGUGCCGAUGCCGCCGAGCUUGCGCCAUGCCUGUUGUAUCCCCUGACGCCUGGAAAGGACAAAGAAGUACACGAGCCGACGCCGCCCGCACUUGCAUGGCGCGACAUCGCUGAAGCGUACUCGCUGGCGAUGGCCAUCUAUAGCAAAUGCCUUGCGCCACCGCAGGUCCAGCUCGAGGCGUUGCGUUCGAUGACGAACGAGACGUCGCGUGACUAUACGCCGCCGUAUGUGUAUGCGUGCGCAUGCCUAAACUAUGCGCGCUUCCUGCUCGCGCUCUUUGCAUCGGGCGGCUGGAACAGCGAGGCAUUUGACCAGCUCGUGUAUGGCGGUGUGCCACCGACCCUCGAUACGGGUGUCCCACUCACAUUCGCUGAGCAGGCGCAUCUCGCUGCUGUCUCUGGCAUCUACCGGCACGAAGUGGCUGCAGCUGCCAAUGCAGCCUUGACGCCGUCUCUGCCGCUGCUUCUCCCCUCCGAUCAGCUGCGUGUGCUGAGCUCAUUGCACCGCAUCCUCAGCCUGCUGGGCUACACACGCCAAGUUGCUCACGUGUCGCGCACACUCGGCACGGUCGUGUGCAGUAUGCUUGUGCGGACCAUGCGCGUGCGUGCGAGCCAAGGCACGUCAUCGAGCUCGUCGUCGAGCUCGUCGUCGGUCAUCGAAUUGUCGUGGGACAGCUUGGGCGAUGCUCUUCGCUGGCACACGCCUCCAGGACCCAUUCCUAUCGCGGAACGAAUCGACAGCGGUGUGUUUGCGUGUGCAAAUCCAGCUCUCGUUCUGGGCCUUGUCGCAUGUGACGCAUACGGCAUCGAUCUACUGACAUCGCCGCUUCUUCACGUUCCUACGACGCACAUCCUUGAGCAGGCGCGUCGUCGUGUCUGCUCUCACGCUUACAUGGACAUACUCGCGUCCGCACUGGGGGAGAAGGAGGCGAAAGCUUGGCUGCCAACUCUGAGUGCGUGUGCUGCAACCGCUUGGCGCUCACGCACCUGCUUCGGCUGGCAUGCUUUGCAGGUUCAGCUACUCAAGGAUCUCAUUGUGCAGUGCGAAGCGCUGGACGACCACCUCAGCCAGGUAUUUUUCGCUGCGCUCCUUCUCCGCGACUUUGAGCUGGACGAAGCUGACCAAGUUGGGGGGGGCGAAGGGCUCAAACAUGCAUUGCCGCGUGCUCAGUGGCAUGGCGCUCCGGGCUUGACACUCCGAUACUGGGGACCCAGAUCCCUCUUGCGUGCUAUACAGCUCGAGCCCAUGCCCGCGAGUCUCAUGCCGGUCACGCGCGCGCGGCGCGACUUUGAGCCACGGCCACAGACAGAUGCUUCAGACGAUGGGCCACCCGGCCUCAACAACCCUUUUAUCAUGCGCACGUCCUUUCGUCAGGCUGCCAGCGCAUCGAAAGAGUCGCAGUUUGUGAUGAACGAGGUCCUGACGGUUCACGUGACACUGGUAAACCCAUGGGCCAUUCCACUACCGCUGUACGAUGUGUACGUGCGCACAGAGGGUGUCCCUGUAAAGGCAGCGAACGGCGAUUCAAUCUCGGACGGUUUGCGUGCGCGAUCCGACGCGACGCGUGCAGCCGCCGCCAACAGCCCUUCUUCACGUCCCCCAGCAUCGAUCCAUGUGCUGGUGCCACCACGCGCCGUCCACACGCUUCGUCUUCCGCUGGUCCCGCUCGACACUGGUACACUGCAGAUUCUCGGCCUGCAUGUACGUCUAUGGGGUGCUGAGCCGUGCGACUUGUUCGUGCCGCCAAGCAUCGCUGCCAUAAAAGACAACCUUCCCCGCCAAGUGGGUCUGGCAGCCCGCCCCGCCGCCGUACUCGUCCAGCACGUUGUCCAUACACGUCCCGCAAACGAGGCGGAACUUGUCAAGACACUUGAACCACAUCGUGCCGAGCCACUGACGUGCCGAAUCCUGCCACAACUGCCGCGCAUUCGUGCGUCGUUUCCAGAGCUUGGGCCGUCGGCACUUGUGCUCCAACAUGGCCAGGAAACACGUGUGCGCGUCCGCUUGUGCAACACAAGUGCGGUGCCUGUGAAUUUUGUGCGCUUCGAGUUCGAAGACAGUUGGCAACCUUCUGCUCGUGAUGCUAUUCUGCAACGUGGUCUCUUGCCUGCUGACGUGCAUGAGCUUGAAUGGCAGCUUUUGCAUGCGCCUGUCAUUUCAAUCGACAACGACCCAGAACACCCAGAAUCUUCCUUGGCCAUUCCUCCGCACGCCUCCAAGGACGCUCGCUUCCUAAUUCGCGCACGCUGCGACUGCCAAUGGGCUCGUAUCCGUGUAUGGUACGGCAACACAGAUGGCAAUAUGCCUUCAAAAGCAACAUUACGCCUGCGCUCCGUCACACUGACGCUCCCACUCUCUGUCGAGCCUAGUAUCGAUCUAAGUUCUUUGGAUGUCCAGCCUAUUGAGCGCGAUGUGGCUGAACGUCUUGCAGCUCUGAUGUUGCGACGCAGCGACAGCAACGAACGACAGCCUUCUUCAGCCCCCGAGGCAUAUGGCAUGACAUCCUCGUGCGCGUUGGUCGCCAUGGACUUGUACAAUCACUCAGCAUGGCCUCUGAGCGUCUGCUUGGACGUGCAAGCGGCCGAACAUGUCUCAUUACGAACUCAUCACACACUCACGCCCGGCACAACCAGCCGUAUUACCUUCCCAUUCUCACAGCGCCACUUGACUCAGGAGGCGCUUUCUGCGCCGAUUCCUCAGCUGUCGCCGCGCCAGUUCGUGGUGUCCCAAACGCCCCAUUCAGAAACCCAAGUGGUACAGAACAAGGCGCAGUUCUGGGUCCGUGAAGCACUGCUCCGUUCUCUGGAUGCCACAUGGACAAACAUGGAGACAGGAGUGCAAGGUCAAGUCACUUCACUUCGUGCUCUGUGGCCGAUGCCGGUACAUGUGCCCCUUCUUGUCGAGCCUAGCGUCAAUGUUGACGUGACGGUCGAAGAGUGUGCUCCUGCCGAUUCGACUCUACAAGUGUGCGUGCACGUUCGCGGAGCACGCUCGGCACACCGUGUACGCGUGUUCUUGGAUUCGUGUUUGGCCAAAGAAAAAGCCAGUACACACGUGCUUGUAGCUGACGGCUCUUGGGAUAUCACCUAUUCGGCCUAUGAUGUACAGCGAACAGGAGGCACGUUCACUUGGACACCAACCCUUUGUUUCUUGUCGCAUGGCACUUGGACAGUCGCUGCGUACGCGCAAGUCACUUGGGAUGCUUCCUCUGAGCCAUUUACGUACACGAGUACGUCCCGAUGCGUCACGAUCGUGUAG